AUGUUAACGAACUACAAGAUACCACACCUGCACACUUUUCUGAAGAAGGUUCAAUUUAACAAUAGUGCUCGAGAUGAAAUCUUCUUUGAUGAAAACAGAGAACUGGCUGCCGGAUACGACAUCAUCAACACAAUCACAUUCCUCAAUAAAUCCAUCCAGAGUGUCCAAGUUGGAAAGGUGGACCCUCGACCUCCUGCAGGCCAAGAAUUCACCAUUAAUGGAAAUGCUGAUCAAUGUCAGAAGUGCCCAGAGGAUCAGUAUCCAAAUGCAAAGCAAGACCGAUGCAUACCCCGAAGAACCAACUUCUUAUCCUAUGGAGAACCAUUGGGAGCAGCCUUGGCUUCCUUGGCCCUUUUAUCUUCCUUGACCACUAUCAUGGUGAUGGGGCUCUUUGUUCUGCACUGGGACACUCCCAUUGUCAAAGCCAACAACAGGAGCAUCACCUGCACCCUCCUGGCCUCUCUGCUGCUCGGCUUCCUUUGCUCUUUCCUGUUCAUUGGUCAGCCUGGGAAGGUCACCUGUCUUCUGCGGCAAACUGUGUUCAGCAUCACCUUUUCCAUCUCGGUUUCAUGUGUGUUGGCCAAAACCAUCACUGUGGUUCUCGUCUUCAUGGCCACCAAGCCAGGAAACAGCAUCAUGAAAUGGACAGGGAAGAGGCUAGCAACAUCUAUAAUAAUUCUCUCUUCUCUCAUUCAAAUCGCCAUCUGUACCCUCUGGACGGCAACUUCUCCCCCAUUCCCAGAGUUGGACAUGCACUCCCAGAUCAGCCAGAUCACAGUGCAGUGCAAUGAAGGCUCAGAGGUCAUGUUCUAUACUGUCCUGAGCUACAUGGGAUUUCUGGCCAUCCUCAGUUUCACUGCAGCUUUCUUUGCCCGAAAUUUGCCUGACAGUUUCAAUGAAGCCAAGCUGAUCACCUUCAGCAUGCUGCUCUUCUGUGGUGUUUGGGUGUCCUUUAUCCCAACAUAUCUGAGCACCAAAGGGAAAUACAUGGUGGCCGUGGAGAUCUUCUCCAUCUUGGCCUCUAGUGCUGGCCUCUUGGGCUGCAUCUUCUUCCCCAAAUGCUACAUUAUUUUAGUGAGGCCUCAGCUGAACACCAGGGAGCAACUUGUUAGGAAGAAGAACGGUCUCCCUUAG